AUGAUCAGCUGGCACUGGCAGAGUCCUCCUCCAGGCUGGAUUGCUGUUAACACUGAUGGCAGUGGCACCAGCUCUGGGACGGGCGGAGUGAUCAGAGGUAGUGAUGGGUGGUUCAUUAAAGCUUUCUCCACUAACCUCGCAGGGAUUGCCCAAGGAUUGCACAGUGCGUGGGAGACUGGAGCAAGGAAAGUCAAGCUCCAAACUGACUAUCAUCCCCAUUACACAAUGGUUUCUGCUAUCCACAGGCUACUAGAGAGAGGCUGGGAGGUUAGUAUUGAUCAUGUGUUCCGGGAGGGUAAUUACGACAGCUGA